AUGUCUACCACAUCGCUAGCGAAGAAGAAAGGGCAUAUAUGCCCCCCCUCAGACGCGGCGGACCCCGCAGAUCGCUGGGAGACCAUGUUUGUCUACGCGUUCAUAUACAAAUUCACCAACCUUCGAGCAAAGACAGAAGGGUUUGAAACUGCCAUGGAUCUCGAAACUGCGCUCAAGGCACCUGGCCCAGAUCCUGUACUCUGUAAAGUGCUACAGCACUUCAUACUGAAUAUGCGACCACAAACGCGUACUUUGAGUGUCGAUCAAAUCUCUACGACCGUGGCGGGCGUCCUGGCAGACUAUACCAAAACACCUGAAAGAACAGUGUUUUGGGACGAGGACCUCAAUGCUAAUGUGGACCCUCUUGCUAACGUCGAAGGGGGCAUCUUUUCAGCGGACUGGGACCUCAAACUUAGGGUACUCCGCCAACUGGUGGAAUCACAGCUGGCACAUUCCGCCGCUAUCAAAACCAAAAUUGAUCGUGCUUGGGGCGUGAUGCAGCAGAAGACAAAGAAGAAGGACGCUGAUGCUGCACCCCCUGAGUCUGAUGAUGCAAAUAGCCUCCAAAGCCUACAAGUGCAGCCCUUGGGCCAAGACUUGGAACGAAAACGUUACUGGGCUGUGGACGAUUCACCCCGGUUAUAUGUGUCGACGAAUCCUUGGAAAAUUACUUCUACCCUCCGAACUAUUGCUUCCAGCCGGGAAGAGUACAUGGCACUCAUUGAGCAGUUGAAGGCAGCAUCUCUGCAACUAACUGACAAAAAGGCGAAGUCUCGGAAGGGACAACAUGAUCUGCUUGUUGAGACCCUGGAAAGUCGCGUAGAAGCGAUAGAUCGGGAAUUGGCCAGGAUUGCCAGAGUACGCCGGAAGAUUGAACAACGACAAAUUGCUCUAGCCCAGGCCGAGGUGCGCUCGACGCGAACUCGUAGGCAGACUCGGCGGCCAGAAUAUGUUUACAAUGACGUUGAGAGUGACGAUGGUGGAGACGAAUAUCAGUUUGAAGAGGAUAACGACUACGACGAUGAGGCUUUUGGAGACGAUUUAUCUAGCAACCAUUCAAACCGGCGCCGAGCGGAAGGAACACGAAGGUCAUCCCGCGCAACAAAAGGUAGACGCGUUUCCCGCUCCCCAGACGGUACAGGCGGGAUGGAAUGGGGAGCAGAGCGACGGUCAACACGUCUCGGUCCCCCGGAACAAGCGACCUCGUCUCGCAAGCGUGCCAGAACAGAAGACAGCGUCACGAGUUCCAGUUCUUACGACGUUAACCCAUCAAUCCCCACGGAGCGUACGGCGGCUAAAGUAGCCAGAACGAACGGCGCGGCAGCUGUGAGACCGACGGAGGUAGCUGUGGAACAAGUCGCAGGGAAGAAGAAAAGCCGGUAUUGGUUUUACGCGGUUGAACCGAUACCAGCGCCAUCUGGUGAGGCACCGAUAGGUGCCAACGGGGAUGAUAACCCGAAUUCUUCAAACGGACACUUGCCCAAUAGCAACGGCGUGUCUAAUAUGAGCACAGCGCAUUUGAAUGAAGAUGCGAUGGACGUUGACUCCAACGUUGACGUAGAGACAGAAGGCAGCUUGCCUCCCGCGUCCAGCGUCGAGUGAAGGGCGGUAUUUACUUCCGGCCAACUUCCGGAAAGCAUUCUGCUCAGCUUCGCAAUUCUCUUUCGGGGUAUCCUACAUGUUCUCUCACAGUCAUUCAUACCACAGCAUUCCUCCGGCGACAAAUAACUUAACUUACUGUGUCACCAUCCUAUUAUGCAUAGGUUCUUAAUAUCUGCUCUUGGAACACAGAGCACAUACAUACAUACAGCUCCGUUUGCACACGAAAUGGGACCUAGUACUUACGUAGUUGACAAUUCUCAGCAAGUAGUUGUGAUUUUUAUGGGCC